AUGGUCGAGGGCUCAUCUGCCGAUCUAACGCGGUCUCAACACGACAAUGCGAUGCAAUCAUCACGCAUGGCGCCCACAGAGUCCGGAGCUUUCACACUGCAGUCAUCGAGUACAGAAUGGCGAAGGAGGGGCAGCAAGGGCAAGGGUCGAACGCAGACUUCUCGGGAACUCGCGCAGACUGCAGCUCGCCAAAGACGGGCACAUGAACUUGGUGGCGAUCUGACCGCGCUCCCUCCCGCCAAACAGGCCCAACCUGUCCGACUGCCGCCGCCUUGCUGUUCCGAGGUCUAUACGCACAUCCAAGAUAGCUCGUCGAUCUCUAGAACGCGAGCGAGAAGAGACCGUCGGCUCCAUGACCCCAUCGGCAGCAGUCGAGGUCCAUAUUUAUCGCUGGCGAUAAUGGCCUCCCUUUCAUCUUUCGCCUGCGCGACGCCCGUCUUUCGAGACAGUGACAGCCCGGCCAAUGCCACGUACUACGACAGCCUAUCGCUCUUGCUGGAGUCCCCUUCAUCUGAACAAUUCGCAUUAUCGCGGUCACACGUUCGGCGGCAGAGGAUGCAGAAACGCUCGUCAGUCUUGCCGGAUCGGUAUGACUUCAUCGAUGGCGACUGGGUGAAGACCUAUUCGGCUUCCUCGGGCGCGUCUGCACAAUCUCUGUCGUUCGUGGGCGAUGACGGCCGCUGCAGCUGCCCGGACGGCUCCAAUCUAGAUACCAACCCCGGGCCAAACAUCGAAUCUGGCAUCGAUCUGAGCAAUUCGACGAGCAAUGCCAACGCAUCCAAUCAUACCGGGUCCCCUCACGAUCGCUCUGUGAAGACACUACCACGAGGUUGGAGUACUGCUACCAGUUCCCGCACGAAAUUCUACGCCACGCCUGUCAUCAUCGUUUGUUCGAUCAUACUUGCCCUCCUCAUCGUCGUCAUAGGUACUAUUCUGGUCGUCCGGCGUUCUCGUAGGCGGCGGGCUGCGGCAGACGGCGGUGAACAAGGCAGAGAGGAACGCACUGUCGGGCUACUGGGAGGCAGGACCUCUCGCACGAUAUCCGGCAGACGUGGUCAGAAGAAGCGCUUGCGGGCACUGGCAGCCGCCUUGGGAGAGAAGUUUGAUGAAAAGUCAGACGGGUCUCCGUCGUCAGACUCACAGCAUAAGCGAGUGAAACUGCAAUGGAAGCAUCUCGUCGGUCGCAGACGAGGUCCGCCCACUAUCAAGGUUCCGGUCGGUGUUAUCGCACCGACUACGUCGGCUUCACGAGCGGCGAGCAUCAGGCAGCGCGCGUCAUUGGAAGCCUCACGUGACUCCUUGCAUUCAGUAUCGAGCACCUCCACGCCUGAAACGCUCUCUCGGACGGCUUCCAAACUCAGCACUGCUCGGCUGGAGAGAAGCAACGCGCCGAGCCCCGAGGUCAUGCCAGAAAGUAGCGAAGAGAUGCCGCCCUCUGUGCCUCCUGCAUACCAGAGUCGACGCCGUGGCGCGGCCCCCAUAGCGAUGGUGCUCGAUGGCAGCAGUCGACGUGACGAGAAGGCGCGAGUCAUUGAUGAGCUCGAGCAGCAUAACCUACCAUCAGAAGAGGGCACGUCUCCUUCUAUCGAAGAUGAUGAACAUCACGCUGCAGAAGACGAAGGCUACCAUGCACACAUUGCAACAGACGACAAAGCCGUGCUACAGAGGAUAGCUCAGCUCGCAAGCGAGCCUACAGAACGCUCAAGCUCGCCGCUCUCUGAGCAAACGCAACACACAGACUCGCCCUCCGCACCGCCACUGUCGCUUGAUCACGACGGCUUCGAGUCGGCGGAACCAUCAGAUUGUCCUGCGACGACACCUGCAAGCUCAGUUCACAGCAAUCUGGGAUCGCUCCCCCUGCCAUCCAGGGCAAUUCGAUCAACCUUUGCCAGCCUGACGUCUAGUACGUCACCGGCGUCGAUCGACAGUAUGCCUGAGACAUCGGCACAAGCUGCCAAACGAGCUGAAGCCCAAGCCGAGCGUCUACAGGCUGCGUGGCAGUACAGCCUCGAGCCCUCCGCUCCACCUACACUAGAGGCUAGCUCCGCGCCGUCUGCACCCAGUAUGCCACGCAGGCAGAACAGACAACUCAGCAUGGACAGCGCAGUGUCUGUCGAAGCGAGCGCGCCUCCCGCUGCGCCUCAGUAUAAUGCUGACUGUGCACCGCCUAAUAUCGAUGACGCCUUGGCCAGGCUGGAAACGAUCGAUGUGUAG